AUGAGCAAAGAAACCACUGGCAGCACCGCUGUUGUGCCACUGACCAACGGGAAGAGAUUGCUCAAUGAACUGUUAGAAUCUGCGAGUGCACUUCCAGCGAGGGACUCUGAUCUCGGUGACAUUCAACUUGGAAUCAAUGAGAUCAGGAAUAGGGCCAACAAGUUGCGUAAGUCGACCAAGGAGCUUGAGUCUGAUGGCUUGACACAGGCUCACUAUUUGCUCGCUGGGAGGGUCUCCAUUGAAGAAAUUGAGUCCAAUAUCAAGUAUCUUGAACGUGCCAAGGUUCUCGAGACGAGAGGAAAGGCUCAAACACACAAGGGAGAUCUAGACAGUUACCUCAGAUCGAAGAAGGACGAAAACAUCCUCUCCGCUAUUGAACAGGCACUAGGAACAGCUGCAAGAGACUUUGAUACGUUUGUCAACCAAAACAUCACCCUAGACUGGAAACAACGUAGGGAAGAGGUGUUUGCUAGUGUACUGAAGAGAUCUCUUUCGCACACCGACGACCAGACAAAGUCCAAGGCAAAGAAGCCGAUCAGUUGGGGUAAAUCCUUCAAGCUACUUGAUGAUAGUACCUCCAAGCUGAAUGUUAAUGAGAACUAUUUGAUAAGAGGUAAAUUCGAACGUUAUGCUAAGAUCAUCAACAGAUUGAACAACCAUAGACAAUCUCUGAAGUUGAGCACCACUGUGGAGGACGAUUUCGAUCUCGCAAAGGAGUUUGUUGAGAUCUUUAAAAAUGGAUCAGAUAACAAAUCAAGACAAUUAUUCGAGAGCUGGCAGAUAAUUGGUGGUUUGAGAGAUGCCACUUCAAGACCAAGUGACCCACAAACAUUCAGAAGCAGAAUUGUCUCAAAGGCAAAGACACAUCUUCAGCUGCAAUUCUUUGAAUUCGUCAACAAUAUUUAUAACACUAAAGUUGUUGAAAAGGGUCUCCCAACUAUUGUCAACAAGAUCAAGAGCUUUAUCGAGUACCAGAAAUUGAACUCAAAUGGAAACCUUCUAAUUGUGAAUGGGAUACCAAUCUGGGCUUUGAUCUUCUAUUUGCUUAGAGCGGGAUGUGAAAAGGAGGCACUUGACCUUGUCUUGGAGAAUCAAAACAUUUUCAAGAAAGUGGAACAAUCAUUUGUUCCGUACUUCAAAGCAUAUGUUAAUUCACAAGACAAGAGAUUACCACAGGAUUUGAUUACAAAAAUCCAGAAUGAAUUCAACAACCACAUCAAAAAGUCCGUUGAUGGUGAUCCAUAUCGCUAUGCUGUCUAUAAGAUAUUGGGAAGAUGUCAAUUAUCAAGAAGAAACAUUUCCAAUAUUGCCCUUACAGUUGAAGACUGGCUUUGGAUGCAUUUCAUGCUCGUUCAAGAUGGACCACAAUCUGAUUUUGAUCCCGCACACGAGAAAUAUACACUUGUUGAUUUCCAACAGAUGAUUUUGUCGUAUGGACCAACAAAAUUCACCAACAACUAUCUCCAAGUAUUGUUACUUUCUGGAUUGUACGAUGAUGCAUCAAGAUACAGCACCGAACUUAAUGAAAUGGAUGGUGUUCACUUAAGUAUUGGAAUGGCAUACUAUCAAUUGAUGCAAAGCUCUGCAAAUGAUAAAGCUCAAUUGAAAGAAAGAGGUGACAAAUUCAGCAAGUUAUUAGGUACUUAUAUCAAGAGUUUCAAGUUUUCUGAUCCGAGAAUUGCAGUUGAAUAUUUAGUCUUGAUAUGUCUAUUCGACAACGAAGCAUCCACGUGCCAUGAUGCUUUGAAAGAGUUGAUUUUGGAAACCAGGGAAUUCUCUAUCCUCUUGGGUAAGGUUAACUCUGCUGGUGUCAGAGUUCCAGGUAAGAUUGAACAAAGAAAGUCGUUGAUUAACCUUGAUAAAGACUUUUUGCAUAAAGUUACUGAACAGGCUGCCAUUACAGCAGAUAAGGAAGGAAGAGUGUACGAUGGUUUACUUCUUUAUCAAUUGGCCGAAGAGUAUCAAAUUGUCAUUUCAAUCAUAAACAGAUUACUCGGCGAGUAUUUAAGUAAUACCGAGUUGGAUCAACCACUUGUUGAGGACGGGAACACCGAGACCAAUCCAGUUCUUAUUGCCCAGAAUUUCCUAGCCGUUUAUCAAAACGUCUCUGUUGAAAAGCAAGUGAUCUGUAAGAAGUUGCUGAAGAUUGCAGAGAUUAGACAACUGUACUUAGAGAAGGAUUGGGAUGAAACUUUGAGAAGAAUAGAGGAACUGGAUAUCCUUCCAGUCAGUGCCAACUCAAACUUGGCGGAUACAAGAUUGAAGGCAGAGGAGUUGUCGUAUUUGGAUGAAUCACUUUUGAAAAACAUUCCUAAUUUGUUGCUGAUUGCAAUGUCUUGUGUUUCUCAGAGAAAGGAACAGAUCAAUGCCAGUGCAUUCAAUGGUCUUAUCAAGGAGGAGAAAACCAGAGAACUAAAGUUUAUUGCAAAGAACUGUGUUGUAUUUGCCGGUAUGGUACAAUACAAGAUGCCUCGUGAGACAUUCAGCUUGUUAAUAAACCUCGAGGCCACUUUAUAG